AUCUACACAAUGAAGAAAGAACAUGUAUUUUGGGCCUCCAUUUGUCUGUUGCUUACUUGUGCCCCCUCCCCUCUUAAUGCUGUUAUGGAGGAAGGAGCAGAACUUACAAACAUUACAGAUACUGAGUUGCCACCACUGAAACUUAUCAAUUCAUUUUGUGCACUGAAAGCAGAUGAUGGCCCAUGCAAAGCAAUGAUGAAGAGAUUUUUUUUCAAUGUUCACACUCAACAAUGUCAAGAAUUUUUAUAUGGGGGAUGUGAAGGAAAUCAGAAUCGAUUUGAUAGUUUGGAAGAGUGCAAAGAAAAAUGUACAAGAGAUUAUCAGAAGAUUAUAAAGACAGCUUUGCAUAAAGAGAAGCCAGAAUUCUGCUUUUUGGAAGAAGAUGCUGGAAUCUGCCGAGGUUAUAUUACUAGGUAUUUCUAUAACAAUCAGUCAAAGCAGUGUGAACGUUUCAAGUAUGGUGGGUGCCUAGGCAAUUUAAACAACUUUAAAUCAUUGGAAGAAUGUAAGAACACCUGUGAGGAUGCAUUGACAGAGCUUCAGGUGGAGGAUUUCAGAAUCCAGCUUGGGGCUGUGAACAAUAAUUCUUUGACUACUCAACCUACAAAAGUUCCCGAGGUUUUUGAAUUUCAUGGCCCCUCAUGGUGUCUGACCCCAGCAGAGAGAGGGUUGUGUCAAGCCAAUGUGAACAGAUUCUACUAUAAUUCAAACAUUGGGAAAUGCCGCCCAUUUCUGUACAGUGGAUGUGGAGGAAAUGAAAACAAUUUUACUUCUAAGAAAGCAUGUCUUAAAACAUGUAAAAAAGGCUUUAUCCAAAGAAUAUCAAAAGGAGGAUUAAUUAAAACCAAAAGGAAAAAAAAGAAGCAAACAGUGAAGAUAGUAUAUGAAGAAAUUUUUGUUAAAAAUAUAUAA